AUGGAAACUAGACAAUCUCCGACUGGUACUACUGCCACCGGCGCCAUCCGAUCACAUAAAUCGGCUAUUGCCAAGAGAGCAUGUGACCAAUGCAAAUUCCGCAAGAUCAAGUGUAGCUUGUCACAACCGUGCAAGGCUUGCGAGUCCAUGGGCUUCGAGUGUACAUUCCUUCAACCACAGAAGAAGCGCGGACCAACCGGGCAUCGCGUGUCGCAAAUUCGACAACAGCAAACUGUCAUAACUCCUCAAGAGAAACCCAAGAAUAGCUUCCAAUUUCAAGCUCCAACUUCAGCGGUGGAGCCCGGUCAAGCCGGUUCUUUGCCCGGGGCACCUUGGACCCCCACUCAUGGUGCAGCCGCGGUGCCCCUGGAGGGGGCCGGAGCGCUAGCGCCUGCAGGUAUACCACCUCCAAUGGCAGCCUGGGGAGAGGAAACCGCGUCUAUAGAUUCUCAUAGCAACAGCGCUAUGAGCUGGAAUGAUCGAAAUGACGCGGAAUACUGGCUUCCAGAUAAUCUGGAAUCUCAAGUCCCUGUCUUCGAAUUCCCAGGGAGUAAUGUCUAUCUCAGACCAUCUCUCCCGUCUAUCAUCCAACCAGUCCCCGAUGCUGCGGCCAUGAGUAUGCCUCCGCAGGAUGCUCCAAAUAUGCCGUUCUCACCAUCCGUGGGGUCUAUACAUUCGGAUACCCAGGAGACUCAUGCAUUUUGGCCAUCUACAAUCAACGAAGUAAAUAUGAUCCCUUGGAUUGAUGUUUACUUUGAUCGGCUACAUCCGACCAUACCCGUUCUGAACCGAUCAUCCCUCUACACUUCAAUGAUCACACAAGAACAUCGCAAAAACUCUCAGUUCGGGGCCAUGCUCUUGUCGUUAUGCGCAUUCUCGCUCACACAGCCAAUUGAGAUCAAUGAGCGGCCGACGACCUCAUCCCGAGCUCUGCAGGCACGAGCCAUGAUGAACGAAGCGACCAAAAUGCGAAGCUGUUCGGAUUUUGGCGAGAAUCCCACCAUCGAAGCUGUCCUAACAAGCUUUUUCCUCUUUGGCUGUUUGUUCGGAAGUAAUCAGCACAACGCAGCGUGGCUCCGGAUACGGGAGGCCCUAGAUCUUGCGGCCACGCUGGGAUUAAAUGAUCCCGAGUCAUAUCAGGAUCUGUCUGGGGAAGAGAAAGGGCAGCGGCUACGGACGUAUCUCGUCCUCUCUAUUACGGAAAGAGCCUACGCUUUGCAACGGCGACACCCAAUAACCUUCUGGGGGAAGCCAGGGUUCACUAUGCGGUCAGUGCAUGAUUUCAUUCAUAGCGCCACGCACAGCGUCGUCUCUGGUAUUGUGGUCCACAACGAGAAAGACGCUGAGGGAAUGAUGGGUCUCGCACGAAUGAUGGAACUAUUCGAUGCCAUCGACGAAGAUGUCAUCGACUGCUGGAACCGCCGAUGCGAUAUCAGCAACGGGUACUGCCAGCGGCUCACCGAAGUCAAGGCACUCUCCAUUCACCAAAAUCUCAAUCGAGUCAACCAAGCCGAGCGAUAUCGCGGCUAUGACUGGUUCGAGCGAGCCAAAGGAGGCCGUGGUGAAACCAGCAAUGCCACAUUUGCUAUGGGCCUACGAGAGACCCAAGCAGCGGACGUUUUUAUCACCCAGAAAUGGCUCCAGAACCGUGUCUGGCUCCUCUCCUCAACCCACGGGCUUCUGAGUGCCCAUGCGGAACAACCCGAGCUAAGCUUCGGAUAUGCCGUAUCCGUUGCCGAAUCCACUCUCCAGCUGUGCCAGUCAUUACGGUUGAGCUCCAUGGAAGCCCAUGGCAUCGGUCUGACCGAAAAACUGUACGAUAUCGCAAUCUGUGCAACAAACAUCCUAUGCAACACAAGCCCCUCUUACGGGGUUGGCCUAGGCAUGCCCGUCAAUUUCACUGAAAGAAUACCACCAUCUACGACUUCCACGCCCCAGAGUCUCGCAGAAGACUUUUUGUUACUUAUGACCAGCUUCCGCGGUGGAAACCAUCCCUACCUGGAGAAGUAUAGAGCUCACCUACGCUCGCUACAGAUUAUGGGACCCAAAGGUCCAGAGUGGGCGCAGUGA